AAUGCCAGUUAUUGGCAUUCCUCUCCUCAUGAGCUGUCACGCUGACAGCUCUGUGCCCUGAUGAUCUGUGUAGCCCCAGCAUUGCCACCUGUUAGUGUCCAUCAGUGCCAGCUGUCAGUGCUCAUCCAUGCCACCUGCCAGUGCCACAUCAGUGCCUACCGGUGCACAUCAAUGCCACAUAUGAGUGCCCAUCUGAGCUGCCUUUCAGUGUCACCCAUCAGUGCCAGUCAGUGUCACCUAUCAGUGCUGCCAAUCAGUGCCACCUAUCAGUGCCAGUCACUGCCGCCUAUCAGUGUGCAUCAGUGCCGCCUAUCAAUGGCAGUCAGUGCCACCUAUCAGUGCUGCCUAUCAGUGGCAUAUAUGAGUGCUGCUUUUCAGUGCCCAUCAGUGAUGCCUGUC